UCUGCCAUUAGAUAGCUUAAAAGUGAUUAUUCUAGUUGAACGUAUAAAAUGAAGUACUUAGCCGCUUACUUGUUGUUGGUCCAAGGUGGUAACGCCUCUCCAUCUGCUGCUGACGUUUCUGCUCUUUUGGAAACCGUCGGUGUCGAAGCUGAAGAAUCCAGAGUCGCCUCUUUGUUGGCUGAAUUGGAAGGUAAGGACGUCAACGAAUUGAUUGCCCUCGGUAACACCAAGUUGGCCUCUGUUCCAUCCGGUGGUGCUGCUGUUGCCUCCUCUGGUGCUGCUGCCUCUUCUGGUGCUGCUGUUGAAGAAGCCGAAGAAGAAAAGGCUGAAGAAGCUAAGGAAGAAUCCGACGACGACAUGGGUUUCGGUUUGUUCGAUUAAGCAAGCAAAUGUACAAAUAUAGUCUAACAGGUUGGUUGUCAAACCGAUUUUACAUUGGGUUACUACAUAGUUGUUAUAUUGGUCAUUUCUCUUAAUUUAAUAAAUAAAAAAGUAUG